AUGGGGAAUUUCUUGAUUCGAUUUGAUGGGAAGAGAGCUCUUGUUACCGGUGCUGGGAAAGGAAUUGGUAGAGCUAUUGCGAAAAAAUUAGCAGAAUGUGGAGCAGAAACAUUUGCACUUAUUAGAACACAGACAGAUUUGGAUAGUUUAAUGUCGCACCAAAAACCAAACAAAGUUAUUAAUGUAGACUUACAAGACUGGGAUAAAACAAGAGAGGAAGUCAGUAAGACCGGAAACAUCAACCUACUGGUUAAUAAUGCUGGUAUAAUAAGAGUGAAUUCGAUUAACCCCAGUGUGGGAUGGACAGACAUGACUCGUCCAAUCAAGGAUUUCUUGAUACCGUUACUAUUCAAGACACCAUUGGGAAGAUUUCCAGAGAUAGCAGACGUAGUUAAUGCCGUAGUGUUUUUACUGAGUGACCAGAGUGGAAUGAUUAGUGGUGAAUCUCUCCGAGUGGAUAGAGGAUUAAGUGUACAUUGA